AUGGUGGCGCAGUGUUCCGCACGCUGGGGAAGUGAUAUCUUGUCCAGAAGGGUGCGGAACCUGCUUAUAGUGGAUUUGGUUGCAGUUGGAGGUCACUCUGCGCAUACAGGCUCGGGCACAAACAGAUGCUUUGUGCUCACUCGGAACCCCAGUUCACUCGGACGUUCGGCAGAACAACAGGCAAAUCUCAACUACCUGUAUGGGGCAGAAUAUGAACAGAUAUGGAGGACAGACCUUACCAACGAAGAUGCGCUUUGCGCUGUCUGUGUGAGCAUCACACGGUCCACCGCCACGUUGGUUCCUGGAAGACACGAGUGUAUGGAAGGAUGGCACACAAAGUACUGGGGAUUCCUGGUUGGUCCAAAACACGCAGAUGCUGGAAUACUGAUUACAUCUGCCUUGAUUCAGAACCAAAAGCAACAGAAGGAAGCCGUACCAGGACCAUGA